UAAGCUUCCAAGCUAGGAUCAUCCUGUUCUCUGUUCCUCGAUUGCGAAACUGGAUUUUACGUUGCAGGAUAUGAAGUCAAAUGAAUUUCAGAAUGGAAAAUGCUACGAACAUGCCAGACGUCUCAAUGCCCGGCUUGAAAUACAUGAGCUCAAUCUCCUCCAAACCUUACCAGGGGCCGAAUGGAACCGUUUCGUGGUUUGAAGCUACUCAGGAACAUCGCCAGGAACAAAUGGAUGGCCGUGGUAGCAACUUUCUUCAUCAUGGCUACCGCUGGAGCAACUUACAGCUUUGGGCUCUAUUCCCAGAAAAUGAAGACUACACUCGGUUACAGCCAGAAAACCAUCAGCACGAUUGCUCUCUUCAAAGAUCUCGGUGCCAAGGUUGGUCUCGUGUCCGGACUGAUAUAUGAUGUUACGGGGCCGUGGGUCGUACUGGGAAUGGGUGCUGUGCUCAACACUCUCGGCUUCCUCAUGAUCUGGCUAGCUCUUACUCGAAGGAUAUCGGCUCCACAGAUCUGGCAAAUGUGCCUCUACAUCUUCCUCGGGACAAACUCUCAGUCGUUCACCAACACCGGAGUGGUGGUCACCUGCGUCAAGAACUUCCCAAACAACAGAGGCUUUCUCAUCGGGCUGCUCAAAGGGUUCGUGGGACUGAGUGGAGCGAUCCUCACCAUGGCAUACGAAGCCAUCUACGGGACAAAGGAUCCAGCAAACUUCGUCCUCCUGCUUACAUGGCUUCCUCCCAGCGUCUGCCUCCUCUUUAUGUUCUUCGUGAGGAGAACGACACCCAGCGGCGAAGACCAGGCACGGGUCGAGAAGAGAAUCGCGUACGUGUUCUUCGUCAUUUCCGUGUCGCUGGCGAUGUACCUUAUGGUGAUCAUCAUCGUCAAGAACCUGGACGGGGUGGUCAUUCCUCGCUGGGUGAUCCAGCUGCUGGCCGUAGUUAUGCUGGUCAUCAUUCUUUUGCCACUGGGAGUGGUGCUCAAGCAGGAGCUCCAAGGGUGGAAAGGAGGUACAGUCGCUCAAGAACAGCAUCCAGAUUACGUCCGAACAGAUGAACAACAGCAAGAGCAACGACAGGGCAAAGAACUGGAAGAAGUUCCUGCAAAAGGACUGGAAGAAGGUCCCUCAGAAGUGGAAAAUCUAGUCGACAAGAGGAAGAAUUGGAGUUUGCGGAGAAUUGUUCAUGCCAUCUUGACCAGGCCUCCCAGGGGUGAAGACUACACCAUACCCGAGGGGAUUUUCAGCAUCGACAUGCUUCUCAUCUUCGUCUGCACGACCUGUGGCUUUGGAACGGGCUUAGCAGUCUAUGACAACCUCGGACAGAUUGGUGACUCUCUUCGUUACUCCCACGAACAAGUCGGGACUUUCGUCCAGCUCCUAAGCAUCUGGAACUUCCUCGGCCGUGUGACCAUCGGCCUCGUCUCGGACAUUUUCCUCCAAAAGUUCCAGGUACCUCGUCCGUUCUUCUUCGCUCUGACUCUCGGCCUCUCAGCGCUCGGCCAGCUCUUCCUGGCUCUCAACUUCAAGUCGGCGCUGUUCAUGUCCUCGAUCCUGAUUGGCUUCGGCUACGGAGCCCAGCUUGUGCUCAUGUACAUCCUCACCUCGGAGUUUUUCGGGCUCAAGUACUACGGGACUCUCUACAACGUUUGCAACAUGGCCAGCCCUCUCGGGAGCUACGUGUUCUCGGUGAAGAUUGCGGGGGAGCUGUACGACAAGGAGGCUCUCAAGCAGCAAAACUCUGGAGGAGACCACCAUGGCCUCCUCUGCUAUGGAGCUCGCUGCUACAGGCGCUCCUUCAUCAUCUCCACCGCUACUUGUGUUUUUGGCGUGCUCGUAGCGCUCGGUCUCACGCUGCGGACUCGGAAGUUUUGCAAGGAACUGGCUCUCAAACUCAGGAAAAGAAGAUAGGAAGGAAUUCUCCGUACGAAGCUGUACGGAUAUAACAAACGGAAAGCGAUAUUCUAUUUCUGGUACGGGUAUGUACGGACGAUAAUUGUAAAUAUGAACAGGGUUCGAAUCUGGCGGUGGGAACUAA